UGGCGCUCAAAUCAUAAUCAACUGGUCAACUAUCAUGUCAUUUGCCUUUUAUUAAGACUUAUAUUUGAUAAUUACAGAUAUUAGUUAUUUUCACUUACGUUUACAUGUAAAUGGUUUUGAAAUAAAAAGAUGUGAAUGGAAAAUAUUCAGGCAAUGGAGUAGAACAAAUUUUAGUCUGAGUAAUAUAGAUUUCGCAAUGAAAAAAGUCGCGUCGUUGAUGUCUCUAUUUCAUUAAUUUCUUUGUUUUUCAUUGAUCUGAUUAGUCCUGUUACGAUUGAUGUUUUUGAACUUUUGGAAAAAAAAAUACAAAACAGUAUAAUAAUAAAAAAUGUCGAGUACAAGAAAAACACGAUCGUCAGGUAAAAGACCUCCUGAAAAAGAAAGUUCACAAAUUGAAUCUUUAGAAGAACCACCUAAGAAAAUUAGAAAACUCACUAUUUCAUUUCUUGUAAAGGCUAUUAAAAAAGGAAACAUCAAAAAAGUCAAAGAAUUUCUUUCAUAUCAAAAUGAUGAAUUUAAACAAGAUGGUAAAAAAAAUACCCCACUACAUUAUGCAGCUCAAGGAGAAAAUAUUGAAAUAUUAAAAUUAAUGAUUGAUCAUAAUUACGGGAAGAUAAACAAUAGAAAUCGAUGUAAAAAAACACCAAUACAUUUAGCAUUGGAAAAUAAUUGUUUGGAAAUAAUUAAAUGUUUAAUUGAACAUGGAUCAAAAAAAUAUUUAUCAUCAUUGGAAAUUAAUAAUUAUAUGCGAUUUUAUUUUAUAAAUAAUCGUUUAGAUAUUCUAAAAUGUUUAAUAACAAAUGAAAUUAUUCACGAUUCAUUAAUUUAUUACAGUGUUGUUGAAAAUCGUUUCAAUAUUUUAAAAUAUUUAUUGGAAAAAUGUCUUGAUAAAAUAAAUAAAAUUCCAACAAAAUUUUUUUUUCUUCAUAAAGCAGCUGAAAAGGGAAAAUUAGGAAUGGUGGAACUUUUUUUCAAUGCAAAAUUUGAUAUUAUUGGUGGUAAAAAUUUAUAUGAAAGAACACCAUUAUAUUAUGCAGUGAGAGAAGGACAUUUGAAAGUUGUUAAAUUUCUUAUGAAAAAUGGAGCUAAAAAUGUAUUAACGUAUAAACAAUUUUUUGAUGUUAUUGGAAAAUGUAUUGAAAUUGGUCGAAUGGAUAUUUUAGAAUUUCUCAAUAUUAAAGAAUAUAUUUCUAUUCCAAUGCUUUAUAUCGCAGCUUCAAAUGAUCGUUGGGAAAUAUUAGAAUAUUUAAUAGAAUGUGGUGUGCAAAUAAAUACAGAUUUUGAUUUAGAUACACCUCUUCAUGGUGCUGCAGAAUAUGGUCACAUCGAUAUAGUUAAAUAUCUCAUUGAAUCUGGAUAUUCAAAUAAUAAUGUUAAAAAUUCAAAUAAUAAAACUGCUCUUGAUUUAGCAUUAUUAAAUAAUCAAUUGGAUGUUGUUAAAUAUUUUAUUGAAAACGAAUCAAUGAAAAUUAUAAAGAAAAUUCAUCUUUUUGAAAUUGUUCGUUGUGGUUAUUUAAAAUUACUUAAAUAUCUCAUUGAUAAUGGUUGCGGUGAAAUAAAUACAAAAACAGAUGACAAUAUUUCUCUACUUCAUUAUUCAGCAUAUUAUGGUCAAUUGGAUAUAUUGUUAUAUUUAUUAGCGAAUGACGCUGAAGUCAAUAUUUUCACAGAAGAAGAAAAAGAAACACCCCUUUCGUGUGCCAUUAGAGAGGGACACACGGAAAUUGUGAAACAACUUUUAAAAAAUGGUGCCGAAAUGAUAAAAGUUGAUAUAAAUGCUGAAAAUGUGAAAGAUGAAAUUUUAACAUUACUCUUAAAAGCUGGUCAUUCAAUGGUAAAUUAUUUUGGCGAACAAAAACCAUUUCUCAUUGCUGCCGAAAUGAAUUAUUGGCAAUUAGUUGAAGCAUUCAUUGAAAUUGGUGUUGAUGUUAAUUCGCUAAAUGAAAAAUAUCAAACUGCUUUAGAUUUUGCUGUUGUUGAAUUAAAUUUGAAAAUGGUUAGAAUUCUUUUAGCAGCCGGUGCCAAUCCAAAAGGCAAUGUUCAAAAUCAAUAUACACCUCUUGAUUGUGUAAUUCAAAAAUCAUUGACAAAAUUGGAGAACAUACAAAUUGAAAUACUCAAAGAACUUCUCGAUUAUAUACCAAAAGAUGAUCUAGAAGAAAUAGUUGUAUCGUGCAUAAAUCUUGCAAUUAAACAAAAAACAUCAAUCAAUAUAAUUAAAUUGUUUCUUGAUUAUGAUUACAAUAAUAAAUAUAAAUUGACAAUUCAAUCAUUAGAGAGUGAAAAUACAAUAUUCAUGGCAAUAAUUGAUCAUAUUCAAAAAUUUGAAACUUUUGUUGAAUUUCAAGAAUUAUUAAUAAAAACUUCACGUGAAAAGAUUAUUUAUAUAAAUGGAAAUAUUAAACAGGCAUUAAUUGCGCGAAUAAUUUUAUUAAAAUCUUUACCGAGAAAUUUAAAUAUUGGUGAAGAAAAAACAUUCGACAAUUUUGUUAAUGCAAUUCAAAUUAAACAAUGGAAUAAUAAAUGUCAAAACGAAAUCACUUUAAUGAAAAAUACCAAAAUUCUACCUGAUGAACUAGAAUUGACGUAUUAUGAUUUUUUGGCGAAACCUCUUUGUAAAUUGGAAUUUUGUGUUUCAAAUGAAAAAUUAAUGGAAAAUUUAGAAAAUAUCAAAAGUUUUCAAAUGUACAAAGAAUUUUUUAAGAGGCGUGUUAAAAAAAUUAGAGAAAGAAUUGAAUAUAUUGAUUCGUGUAGAAAGUCAUUUUAUUAUGCUAUACGAUAUAGUAUUCAAAUUCAUCUUCCCUGUGAAAUUGUCGAAAAUAUUUGUGAUUAUCUAAAUGUGUUACAAAUAAAACGAUUGUCUGAGGCAUUCCCUGUUUAUGAUAAAAAUUCUUGUUAAUUAAAAGUGAAAGAAAAAUAA